AUGACUAAGUUAGAAUCGCAAGUAUUUUUCAAAUGGUUACCUAUUGUUAUUAUUCCUUUGUUAAUCAUUAUUAUUCUCGGUUUAUCUUAUUGGAUUUUUUCUCGUCGACGACGACGAAACGAUCAAAAUUCAAAUAAUAAAAAAUUAGAAAAAGAAUUUAUAAUUACAGAAUCUAUUCAUCAAACAAUGGUUCCAAAAAAUGAAUAUUUAUCAUCUCCAAUUCAAAUUUUAACAAAAAAAUCUUGGUCAAAAAAUUCAACAGAAUUUACUAAUGCUGAUAUAACUCAUCUUGAUAAACUUUUUCGUACGGCAAGUGAUCGAUUAAUGUGGAAACAAGAUUAUUUAACAAAAGAUCAACAUAAUAAACUACGAAAAGUACCUUCUGGACAAACUCAACAAAAAACUUUAUUUUCCAAUUAA